GAAAUCCCUUUUUAACGGUAUUCAGCUGCUUUAUUGAGAACAGACACGUAGUCAAGUCGGCAGUGCUGGAGCAAAUGUGUAUCUAACAUCGAUGUUAUCAUGUACUGUUAACGUGCGAAUUUGAGCUGGUAGAAGGCAUUUUUAAAAGCGAUGACAAUUUGUGGAGGAAUUAUUUUGUGCUAAUCGCGAAUUACAGGGCUUUUAAAUUUCUAUAAUGGCAGUAGCGUCGACAAUAUGUGCUAUGUCGUGUUUAUCCACGGCGCUGUUUUUGACGGCGUGUAUAUUUUCAUAUCUUAGCGGGCAACAUACCCUUUACGUCGCUUGUACGUUUUUAACGCUGGCUUCAGGGGCGUAUACCGUCGGAAUAUUAAUACUGUGUGUGAAACAGCGGAGACUAUUAGUACCCGCGGACGAGGAGGAAAUGGAACGCUUGGCGGGAACCGGUGAUGAAAUCGAGUCGUCUGAGGUCGAAGGCGAGGAAGAAAUCAAUGAGAGCAAUCAUCGGAGACAAGAUGGACAUGUUGGAAAUGAUGAAGAUUUUGAAUGUUUUGACGAUGAUUUGGAUAUUACUGAAACAAACAGACGAAAGGACCUUGUAGAUAUCGAUUUGGACCACCCGGAGAGAACAUCAAAUAGACGGAAGGAAAUGACGAGACUUUAGUGCUAGAAAUGGAAUAUUGUAAUGUACAGCCUGUCUCAGCGCAUCCAUUCCACCAAUGAAGUGCGAGCGUUAACAGAUCAUAAAAAUAACGGCAUUCCGUGCAUUGUGGCAUUGCCGUCAAAGCGUGCUUCUGUAGGAAAACUGCAUGUCGUACAUCCACGAAGAUUACAAAUAUAGCAAUGUUAACUCCCUGUAAUUAAUUUUAAGCGAGAGGGUCGUCACUUGUGCACGCGCGGGAAAUGAGUUCCAAGCAACGAUAACACAUGUUAAAACGCAAAGGCUCAUGGAUAGACGCUUGUUUGUAAAUAAUGACACGAUACGACCAUCUGGCGCAUGCGCAGGUAACGACUCCCCCGCUUUAAAGCAUCACGGUCGUCGCAACGCGUCGUGUUCGACAAGAGUCCACAAGAAGUAAACAACGCUUAUAAAAUAACAUUGUUUCACACAAAAA